AUGCAUAACCCCAGGCCGGGCGGCGGGGACAUCGUGGAGAUGUCGUCGUCGUCGUCGUCCGCCGCCGCGCCACCGCCGCACGAGGGGGCGGCCAGCAGGGAGCGCGUGAUCCCGCACAGCGGCCCGCUGAGCAAGAAGACCGGGGCGCGGAAGAGCGCGCGGUUCGCGGAGUCCGUGUCCGCGCCUCUCUCCGCGCCGCCGCCGCGCGCCGCCUCGCCGGCGUCCAACGACGACGACGACUACGUGGAGAUCACCCUCGACGUGCGCGACGACUCGGUGGCGGUGCACAGCGUCAAGCCGGCCCACGGCGGCGGGCACGCCGGCGGCAACGGCGACGACUCGGACGUGACGCUGCUGGCGCGCACGCUGGAGAACCGGCGGUCCGGCAGCUCCGUCAUCCGGAACGCCUCGUCGCGGAUCAAGCAGGUGUCGCAGGAGCUCCGCCGCAUCGCCUCCAUCAACCGCCGCGGCGGCGGGCCCAGGUUCGACCGCUCCAAGUCCGCCGCGGCGCACGCGCUCAAGGGGCUCAAGUUCAUCAGCAAGGCCGAGGGCGCCGCCGGAUGGGAGGCUGUCGAGAGGCGCUUCGACAAGCUCGCCGAGAACGAACUCCUCCACCGCUCCAAGUUCGGCCAGUGCAUCGGGAUGAAGGAGCCGGAGUUCGCCGGCGAGCUGUUCGACGCGCUGUCGCGGCGCCGCAACAUCUCCGGCGACAGCAUCAGCAAGGCGGAGCUGCUCGAGUUCUGGGACCAAAUCUCCGACACCAGCUUCGACGGCCGCCUGCAGACCUUCUUCGACAUGGUGGACAAGGACGCGGACGGCAGGAUCACCGAGGAGGAGGUCAAAGAGAUCAUCACGCUGAGCGCGUCGGCGAACAAGCUAUCAAAGAUCACGGAGCAAGCCGAGGAGUACGCCCGCCUCAUCAUGGAGGAGCUAGACCCAGGCAACCUGGGCUACAUCGACCUCUACAACCUGGAGACGCUGCUCCUCCAGGCGCCCUCCCAAUCCGUGCGCAUCGGCACCACCAACAGCCGGAACCUGAGCCAGAUGCUGAGCCAGAGCCUGCGCCCCACCCCCGAGCCCAACCCGCUCCGCCGCUGGUACCGCCGCGCGCAGUACUUCCUGGAGGACAACUGGCAGCGCGUGUGGGUACUCCUCCUAUGGCUCUCCAUCUGCUCCGGCCUCUUCGCCUGGAAGUUCAUCCAGUACCGCCGCCGCUACGUGUUCCACGUGAUGGGCUACUGCGUGUGCGUCGCCAAGGGCGGCGCCGAGACGCUCAAGUUCAACAUGGCGCUCAUCCUGCUCCCCGUCUGCCGGAACACCAUCACCUGGAUCCGCAACCGCACCGCCGUGGGCCGCGUCGUCCCCUUCGACGACAGCCUCAACUUCCACAAGGUGGUCGCCGUGGGCAUCACCGUCGGCGCCGCGCUCCACAUCGUCUCCCACCUGACCUGCGACUUCCCGCGCCUGCUCCACGCCACCGACGCCGAGUACGCGCCGCUGGGGCAGUACUUCGGCGUCCCCCGCCCGCCGAACUACUGGUGGUUCGUGAGGGGCACCGAGGGGUGGACGGGGCUGGUGAUGCUGGUGCUCAUGGCGGUGGCGUUCACGCUGGCGACGCCGUGGUUCAGGAGGGAGGAUCGCGCUGCCGGGGGCGUUGAGGAGGCUGACCGGGUUCAACGCGUUCUGGUACUCGCACCACUGCUUCGUGGUGGUGUACGCGCUGCUCAUCGUGCACGGCCACUACCUGUACCUGACGCACACGUGGUACAAGAAGUCGACGUGGAUGUACCUGGCGGUGCCCAUGGUGCUGUGGCCGUGUACCCCGGCAACGUGCUGUCGCUCCACUUCUCCAAGCCCCAGGGGUUCCGGUACAAGAGCGGCCAGUACAUCUUCGUCAACUGCGCCGCCGUCUCGCCGUUCCAGUGGCACCCGUUCUCCAUCACGUCGGCCCCACAGGACGACUACGUGAGCGUGCACAUCAGGACGCUGGGCGACUGGACCCGCGAGCUCAAGAACGUCUUCUCGAGGGUGUGCCGGCCGCCGACGGAGGGCAAGAGCGGGCUGCUCCGCGCCGAGUACGACCGCGACGGCAGCGCCAUGGCCAACCCCAGCUUCCCCAAGGUGCUGAUCGACGGCCCGUACGGCGCGCCGGCGCAGGACUACAAGCAGUACGACAUCGUGCUUCUCGUCGGGCUGGGCAUCGGCGCCACGCCCAUGAUCUCCAUCAUCAAGGACAUCAUCAACAACAUGAAGCAGCUGGACGGCGACCUGGAGUCCGGCUCGGGCUCCGGCGCCGACACCUCGGCGUCCUCCAUGGCGUCCUUCCGCACGCGGCGGGCCUACUUCUACUGGGUGACCCGCGAGCAGGGCUCCUUCGAGUGGUUCCGGGGCGUCAUGGACGAGGUGGCCGAGACCGACAAGAAGGGCGUGAUCGAGCUCCACAACUACUGCACCAGCGUGUACGAGGAGGGCGACGCCCGGUCCGCGCUCAUCGCCAUGCUCCAGUCGCUCAACCACGCCAAGCACGGCGUCGACGUCGUGUCGGGGACCCGCGUCAAGACCCACUUCGCCAGGCCCAACUGGCGCAACGUCUACAAGCGCAUCGCCCUCAACCACCAAAACCAGCGCGUCGGAGUGUUCUACUGUGGUGCCCCGGUGCUGACAAAGGAGCUGCGUGAGCUCGCGCAGGAUUUCUCGCGGAAAACCAACACCAAGUUCGAGUUCCACAAGGAGAACUUCUAA